AUGCCGUUCCUCCCCAGCGAUUGCACCAUCAUUGUGGUUCUACUGGAUAUGGAUUUAUUGCGGUUUUAUCCUUCCCUGGUAAAGAAUGGUGGCAUUGGUCUCAACCGAAUCGUCGUUGCUGGUCAGCACAUGCGGUUGUACACUCAGCUGACUGGUCCAACGACCAAACCUGUCGGGGAUAGUGUGCCAACACUACAAGUGAUAUCAGCCAUUCAGUAUGAGACUCAGCAAGAAAAUGUGGGUUGA